GGAUUUAAUUACGUUUAAUCAAAUGUCGUGAUCGAACAGUGCCGAGAGCUGACCGUGACUGCAGCAACAGACGGAAGACCGACUUGUACGUAGGUCUGUCACUUCCAGUGACUGAGUAAACACAAGCAGCAGCAGGGUAGUGCUGGGGGAUCAGCAGUAAGUAUGAACGAGACAGAAGCCGGUUCAGUCCCUGUGUUCAAGUGCGGGUGAAAAAGCGACGUGGUGGGUGAGCGUGGAUGCAUUCAUGCGAUCCAAGGGCUGAUGGUGCCGAAAUGUUCAUGAGAAUAUCAGUCCUCUGCUUCUUGACAAGGAUACAUGGCGUGGUGCCCAGUCACCCGAAAGAGCCAACCCUGCACCCCCACUGGAAUCUCUUCGAACACGAGAAAUGUGGACUAAGCCAAGCAGAUCGGAUCAUUGGGGGUAGGGACGCUGCACUAGGGGCCUACCCCUGGAUCGCCAGAAUAGGGUACACAUACAACAUGUCCCAGAAGCCGGUGUUCCGAUGUGGCGCUGUUCUCGUCAGCAAGCGGUACAUAGUCACCGCGGCCCACUGCGUCACGAACCUCCCUAACAGAGUCCGAGUAGGCGUGAUUCGACUUGGUGAACACAACACAAACACAAACCCGGACUGCGAAGAUGACGUCUGUGCCGAUCCCCAUCAAGACUUCUUCCCAAAGGAAGUCAUUGUACAUAAAGAUUACGGGAAACCACGGUUUAAAAACGAUAUUUCCCUCAUCCGUUUGGACAGACAAGUUGCUUUCUCAAGUUACGUAAUGCCCAUCUGUAUGAUACACGGCGUACUGCUGACGAAGAGCUACGUAAGUGAAUCCAGCGAAGUGGCUGGAUGGGGAAUCUACGACAUAGAUAACCCUAAGCCGAGCGUCCUCCUGCAGACGGUCAAGCUGCCCGUUGUGAAGAACGAGAAGUGCGAAGAUGCCUUCAAGUUUCAUGCCAAAAUAGGACGAACGCAGAUGUGUGUGGGGGGCGAAGUGGGGUACGACUCGUGUGGGGGGGACUCUGGGGGGCCUCUUAUGAAAGUGGAGACACUAGACGGGUCCCCUCGCUAUUACUUGCUGGGCGUCGUGUCGUUUGGUGCGAGGAAGUGCGGCGCCACAGCAAUGCCUGGAGUGUACACUCGUAUCUCGGAGUACAUGAACUGGAUCAUGGACAACAUGCAGACUUAGAAUGGCCGCCAUUCAGCACAGUCACAAACAGCGGUUGGAGAUUUCUUUUAAAUCAAUAUUAAUUGAUUUGGUGAGAUUCCAGGUUCUCACAGCGGCGAGACUUCUGGGUUGCUGCGCCGCGUAGUCUGGUAGAAACUUACCGACAUUUCAUCGCCUUGAUGGUGAGACAGCAAGCACCUCUGAAACGUCGGUAAACGUCUGCCAGACUACACGGCGUAACAGCACAGAAGACGGCCACAUCCAUUCAUUAAUUUAAAAUCAGAUUGGAUUUUCUUCGUUCAGUAUUAAUAUUUCGGUGAUAAUCAAAAAUUGUAUUAACUGGUCCGAUAAAUUCAAUCUUUUAAAAAACUUAAACUUUUCGGCACUUGUCUGUCUCAAUAAAUAUAUUAAAAACAAGAGAAACUAUUUAUGUCCAGGAACUGUCUGCUAAACAUUUGCAGAUUACAUUUUCCUACUAUUAAUAUAAAACUAUUAUCCAAUCAUGUGAGAGCUAUCUGUGAAGAGAUCAUUGCUGGAAUGGUUGACUUAAGCAAUGUGACUUGUACGAACUGCAUCGAAAUACCAGUUGUAUUUAUGUUUGCAAUUUCAAGUAUUUGUGUGUCAUUUCAAAGGUAUAUCUGAACCAAGGCGAAUGGCAGUGUGGCAAGUAACAAAGUAUUCAUUGCUAAGCGGCCUCGCAGACUGAAUAACUACCAGCCUUUGUCGAAAUAUACCGUUAAUUGACUCUC